AUGCUUGCGACACAAUUUCAUCCAAUUGGCGCUCGACAAGUAUUUCCAUGUUUUGAUGACCCAGGAUUAAAGGCAACUUUUAACAUUUCUAUAAAACAUUUUAGUAAUUAUAUGGCACUGUCGAAUAUGCCAGCACGAAAUAUAACUAGAGUUAGUCAAAUCAUGACAUGGACAUACUUUAAAGAAACUCCCGUAAUGUCCACUUAUCUUGUGGCGAUUAUACUGGCCGAAUUUCCUAACACUCCUGUCAAAGAAAUAAACUUUAGAUAUCUUACACUACAAUCAAAACUCAAUACAGAAUUCGCACAAAGUGUUAUCGAGAAAAUAACUUUAUAUCUUGAAUCUAAAUGGGUGUGUUUCCAAAAGCUUCCGAAAGUGGAUCAUGUUGCAAUACCAAAUCUUCUACGCGAUGGCGUGGAGUAUUGGGGACUUAUUUUUUAUAGGGAAGCAGCUAUUACCUAUAAUAAAAAAUUAGAGUCUGUUGGACGUAAAGUAGAUGUAGCGCGUUUAAUAGCACAGAAAAUAACAUAUCAAUGGUAUAGUAAUCUUAUGAGCCCUACUUGGUGGACUCACGCAUGGCUGUUAGAAGGUCUCACUACAUUACUCGCAACAGAUGCUAUUAAUAAGGUUGUGCAUUCAUAUUAUACUUAUAAGUAUAUGAAAAAUUGUUUACCGGGUAGGUUUGAUGUAUUAGAGAUGAUAGAUCAUUGGAUUUAUCCACCACAAAAUUAUCCUGUGCUAAAAGUGACAAAAGUAGAUCCUAAUUUAGCGACGAUUUCGGUGGAAAAUUAUAAAUCAUGGGAGGAAAAACUGCCAUGGAUACCUGUGACAAAAAUUAUAUUGCUACACAAUUCUGAAAUAAAUCAAAAUUCUGAUAUUGUAUGGCUAAGGCCAAUCCAUAAAUACAAACCGUAUGCUGAUCUUCAAUUUGAUUUCGAUUUUCAAUGGAUAAUAAUCAAUGUAGAACAAAUUGGAUAUUAUCGGGUUAAUUAUGAAACUGACAAUUGGCGAAACAUUGCAAAUUAUUUGCGUUACUACUUUAAAAAAAUACAUGUUCUUAAUCGUGCUCAAAUUAUUAUAAUAGUAUAUUAUAAUGAUAUAUAUUGUAAAAAAAAAGAAUGUAUACAUUUUAAUUUAUAUAAAAGAUCGUUUUUAAUUAAAUUAUUUUCAAGCAAAUCUCAAAAAAUGUUAUAUACAUAUAGGAUAAGCAAAAAUAUACAAAUGAAAUAUAUUUUAAGCAAUCUCCUUAAUAAUAUCGGAUAUCUAGAAAAUUUUGAUGAUGAUGACUUUACUAAAUCCUUAAGACAAGAAGCUGCAAGAUGGGCAUGUACUCUCGGCGUAUCCCAAUGUCUAAAUAAUGCCAGUUUUCAUAUAUAUCAUCAUCUUCUCAAUCCUGAUGGACAUAGAAUUUUAUCAUGGUGGAAAAGCUGGACAUUUUGUAAUGGUCUUAUGGAGUCCGAAUUUGAUAACGGCACUUGGUGGUUACUGUACAAUACAUGGAAAAAAUCUAAUGAUAACGCGAUAAUGGAAUUUGCAUCUUGCAGUAGAUCUUCUUAUGUUGUUCACAAUUAUUUGAAUCUAACAAUUAAUACAUCGGAAGAUUGUAAAUCUGGAAAUGAAUGUGAGGAUGUAAAUAUGCUAGCCAAAAAACGUGUUAAACGUUUCUUGUACCUUGUUACAAAAUAUGCAAAAGAAAGAACAAUACUUGAAUACAUAAAAGAAAAUUAUGAAAAAAUAAAACCAAAGGAAGUUAGUACUAUUGCAGCAUUUACUAUUAUUAUUAACCAUAUACAUUCUUGGGAACAACUUGAAGAGGUAAAUUAU